AUGAUCCUGCUGACAAAUACCACCCUUCUCAGACUUUAUGAUUACUUUUACUACCGAGAGCAUUUAUUAAUCGUUUGUGAACUUCUCAAAGCAAACUUAUACGAAUUCCAUAAAUUCAAUAGAGAAUCCGGAGGAGAAGUUUACUUCACAAUGCCAAGAUUGCAGUCGAUAACGAUCCAGUGUUUAGAGGCGCUUCAGUUUUUACAUGGACUUGGGCUAAUACAUUGUGAUUUAAAGCCUGAGAAUAUUUUGGUGAAAAGCUACAGUAGAUGUGAAGUGAAGGUGAUUGAUCUUGGAAGCAGCUGUUUUGAAACAGAUCAUCUUUGUUCUUAUGUACAAUCCAGGUCAUAUCGUGCACCCGAGGUCAUUUUGGGACUUUCAUAUGAUAAAAAGAUUGAUAUUUGGUCCCUUGGAUGCAUCUUAGCUGAACUUUGUACUGGAAACGUUCUAUUCCAGAAUGAUUCCCCAGCUACUUUGCUUGCUAGAGUGAUUGGAAUUAUUAAUCCCAUUGACCAAGACAUGUUGGUCAAAGGGCGAGAUACGUAUAAAUAUUUUUCAAAAAACCACAUGCUUUAUGACCGAAACCAGGAUACAAACAGAUUGGAGUAUCUGAUUCCAAAGAAGACAUCAUUAAGGCAUCGGUUACCAAUGGGUGAUCAGGGGUUUAUAGAUUUUGUGUCUCAUUUGCUUGAAAUUAAUCCAAAGAAACGGCCUUCAGCAACAGAAGCUUUGAAACACCCGUGGUUAUCGUACCCUUAUGAACCAAUUUCAUCUUGAAACUUGAAACAAAAUGAAAAAGAGUUGGAUCAAAUGUAUUUAUUUAUUUAUUUAUGUGUUUGGGUUAAGAGCGUAAUUGUGAUAUGUUGAAACUUGAAAGGAGUUGGUUUGGUUUGGUUUGUAUGGUUAGGGAAAUGUUGAAGGAGGUUGUUGUACAUAUCAUGAUAUGCUGCCAAGUACUGAUACUAUAUCAUGUGUUUAGGGGUCAUUUUGGUAGUGGUUAGUGAAAUAGUGUUUUAAUCAAAUUUUGGUGUUUUUGAUGGGUUUAAAGCCAAAAUGAAAUGGUGUUUCUUGUUUUAGUUUUUGAAUUGGAGUUGGUAUUUAAGAGCAUCUACAAUGGA